UUUUCCCACGCGGGUUUACACUAUCUAUGAGCACUACCACCACCCGCCUCGCCCACUCUCUUCGUGCAGGAACAUUCAGACCUGCCAAUCGCUCAGUUCCAUCAUCCAGUUCUACGCUCUUUCUUCGUACCAAUGCGUCCGAUCCUUCAAACCUAAGGUUCUCUCGCGUCGAGUCAUCCGCCUUUGCCCGACCCUUCCAUGCAUCACACGCGGCGCACGAGUUUCAUUUUGAUACUCACCACUUCGUGCAACGGCUCGAGCGCGAGGGGCUCAACCGUGCACAAGCGGAAGGCAUAAUGGGUGCCAUGGCGGAGGUCAUCGACGAGAGUAUACGGAAUAUGACGAGUAACAUGGUCACGAAAGCUGAGCAGGAGAAGCAUCAAUACACCCAACAAGUCGAUUUCGCACAGCUGAAAUCUGAGCUGCAGCUUAUUGAGAAGAACGACCUCGCUUCUUUGAAGGCUGAUAAUGACCGCUUGGUUGCGGAUAUGCAGAAGCUGAAGCAACGGCUACGUGAGGAGAUCACGCGUACGCAAGCUGGCGUUCGAUUGGAUCUUAAUUUGGAGAAGGGACGGAUGCGGGAUGAGAGCAGCGGGCAGGAGCUUAAGAUCAAGGAGGUGGACACGAGAAUUGAACAGGAGAUUGCGAACUUGAGGACAACGAUUCAGCAAUCGAAGGCGACGACGCUGCAAUAUCUUGUUGGAUUUGUGACUGGUUGUUCUGCACUUCUAAUGGCUUACCUGAGAUUCAGAGUAUAAUACGUUAUAUCAUCAUCGAUACCGUUCCUUACACUCGAACUCGGAGGGCUUCGAUUGUACCAUGGAUCGGGAUCGUAACCUAACUUAUCAUUGCACUUAUAUAAUUGUAUGUUGCUUGUAAGCAGAUACUACAUAGAUUCAUAGAUUCACGUUGCCUGCAGGCGCGAGCUCGAAUACUGUUGUUGAAGUUACUCCACGUAAUGAAC